AUGAGACUCCUGUGGACACUCCUCUCCCUUGGCUCUCUGCUUAGCAGAAGCCAUACUUUACUGGAAGAUUCCACUCAUGCCUCAGGCAUCAAAAGUGGAGGCGAUACAGGGUUGCUGAAUGGUAAUGGUGGUGAAUACAUUAAUCUGGGAGGUGGCAGUGGAGAACUCCCAGCUUCUAUGACUGUUGCUUCACCUGUAAAGGUCCCUGAGAUCAAUCCAGACAUUGUGGGUAAGCUUGAUCAACCUGAGAUGAAAAUUCCAGGAAACUUGGACCCAAGUGGCAUUGCCAGCCAAUUGUCAACCCCUGUCCUCAACCAGGACAUGCUGGCCCAGGAAGGGCUGUUGGGUGCUGUUAUCCUCGCCAGCCAGAAUCUAGCCACAGAAAGGGAAAGGCUACAAAUGCUACUCCUGGGUGGCAGAGUGGCAUUUGGUAUCAAAAAUGAUCUCCUGGAGGCAGCAGGGACCAAUGCUGUGGAAGGCCUGGUCUGCAAAGGCCCCCUGGGUGGCCUUUGUGGCCAUGGGAGUCUCUCUGGCAUGAAUGAUGUUCUGAAGACCAUGAAUUCUAGGAAACUCAACAACUGGCUCAAUGUCACCCGCUUCGACAUCAUCCAGCUGUCAUGGAAGGUUUUCGCCUCAACUCAUCUCGAAAUUAGAUUGGAGACCAAGUUGACUAUCAACUUCCCAGGGAUGCUCUCAUUUCUCAAUGGCACCACAGUGGAUGUGGACAUCGAGAUCCCCUUGCAAUUGCAACAGAUGGAGCCUGGCCAAAUCUCCUUUUCUGUGAAGAGCUGCCGGGCAGUAUUCACCAGUAUCCAAGUGAAUUCAGGUGCAUUCUCCACAAUGGUGGAAUCAAUGUUGAAAUGGUCCUUGAACAUCUCCUUGCCUAACAUAUUGUGCCCAGUGGUCAAAUUCUGGUUCUACAUCAUCAACCAACAGUUGGCCAUUCUCCAAAAUAUCGCCUCAUUUGGGGUGUCGGGGAACAGCAACCUGCUCGAUGCCGCAAAACCCAUGCUGCAUGAGCGCACUUAUUACUUGGACUUGAAGAACAAAAGCUUCCCAGCUUCUUUCAUCAACUGGUUGGUUAAAAUGAUGCUUAUUAUAGAGGGAUUCCUGAAGAAGUUUCUUCCAUAG